GAUCGCCAUAUCCCCUCGAACGAGCAGCAUCCAGUAGAUCAAGAAAACUACUCCCCUCUCCAAAACACUAAACCCAGCACUUCUUCUCCCGAUUUAAAAAUAGCAGCCAAGAUGGGUGACACACUAGUCGUCGUCAAAACGCUCGUCAUCCCCGCCGUCAUCUCCCUCAUCCUCUUCCUCAUCCUCACUUUCGUCAUCGUCCCGAUAUGGCGCCACUACCGCGUCCGCUACAGCCAGUACCUGCCCAUCGACGCAAUCUCCGAACACACAACCGGCUGGCGCUACCGCCUCACCAACCGCCUCAUCAGAAUCGCCAGCGCUCCCCUCACAUGGCGGAGGAAUAGGGAGGUGGCCUCUGGCGCCGUUGACCUCGAGGAGGGAGAAGAGCUGGGAGAGAUUGACGACGACAUCCGGCAGGUGCUCGAGGCUAUUGCGCGGUCGAGGCAGGGAAUUGAAAGCACAAGACGGCUCAGCCGGGACCUAGAGGAGGGAUUUAUCGACGACAGCGACUCUUCAGAUUCGGAUUGAAAGGAGUUAUACGGGCAAUAGACAGAAAAAGGAAAAGCCAAACAUACUAAACUUACUAGACUUACUAUCCCUCGAAAACACCUCCAAACUACCCCCUCCAGGCUAUCCAAGGUUUGAACUGUUUCAAAAACGGGCCGGGUCUCAAUAACUCGCCAAAGACAAGUUCAUGCUGGCUGAUUACUGCAAAGAUAGGGUAGCUAGCACUUGGGUCUACCUCUGUAUGAAAUCACAUGUUAGACAUUGCCACCUCAACACCAAGGAUGAUUCAUCAAACAGUACGGUUUAGUUGGAUAGCAUUGCCAUUGCUUUAAUUAUAAUAGACAAACAUAGAGUUAUAUACAUGAACAGAGAGAUAUAAUAUUU